CUAAGGUCAACAUCUGCACAGUCAGUUAUCCCGGUACUGGACAAAUAUCUGUCUAUGUUCGGAAUACCGAAGGUCCUAAAGACGGACAACGGUCCACCGUGGACGAGCACAGAAAUGAAGUCGUUCGCAAGAUACAUGGGAUUGCACCAUCGGAAAAUCACACCGUACUGGCCAUGCGCCAACGGAACCGCAGAGCGAUUCAUGCGCGUCUUGGGGAAGACCGUGAGAACAGCGGUAAUCGAGCAAAAGUCGUGGAAGCAAGAGGUGCACAAAAUGCUGAGAAACUACCGUGCAACACCCCACUCGACAACAGGUUACCCGCCAGCAACACUGCUGUUUCAGAGAGACAUGAAAACCAGGUUACCAGAGCUGACACUGGAACAACCAGAAGUCAACAAGGAAGCAAAACAGAAUGAUAAGAAAGCAAAGAUGGAGAUGAAGAAGUACACUGACAGAAAGAGAAGAGCGAAGGAAAACAGCAUUGACAUAGGAGACACCGUCCUAGUGUCACAGAGAAAACAGAACAAGCUCACACCUCCAUAUGACCCCAAACCACACCGAGUGAUUGGAAAGAAAAACACCAUGAUCACUGCGGAAACGGCAGGAGGAUAACAAGAAAUGCUUCAUUCUUCAAGAAGAUCGACAUAGAAGAGGAAGAAGCAGACGACAGCGAAGAAGAAUACCUGGACGAAAUGUUGAACAACGACAACGGAGACAACAAUCAAGAAGGCAAUGUUUUUAGCUGCUUACAGAGACGGACGUUUGUCCGACUCCCUGACCCGGGAACUGAUCACAGACGACAUGAGGGCAGCAGAAGGGGAGGAUCUGUACGUACACGUCACGCUGCUGGGAGAGGACGGGGGAUGUCAGGACGACAGCCUUUCGGACGAAGAUGAGCCAGAAGACCCU